UGGACGUCCCCAUGCGGCUAAAAUUGAGAAAUUUCUCGCAUCGGAAGUUCGGAUCACUUUGGGCCAACUCUAAUCGCCUUUUGGCAGUUAUGGCUCAACGCCAAAAAAGGCGAUCGGCCAGGGUCCGACCAGUGAGCUGAACCUCCUUCGAGCCUUGCGCCCCCAAAUGAGAGGGUCUCUCGUCUACUGCCGCAUCGCAUGGCUUCCCCAACAAGCCCACCACAUCCUUCGACGUGGCUCAGCCUUUGUCGCACCAGCGAGAGGGAACCAGUUGGGAGGACUCUAUAAGAAACGGCCCUCGCGCACCUUUUCGCCCCCAAGAUUUUCCUCCCAUCCUCUGCAUUCCAGCUGCACAUUGCGUCCAUCUCCGUUCUCCUGAAGCCUGCACCUAGAGCGCCUCGCUAUACUUCUACUUGCCUAUAAAAAGCUAUCUUCUCCCUUUCUUCCUCUCUCCAUACCACUACAUCUGGAUCUCUCACAUUUAAUCCACACAGCCAUCAUGCGUUUCCAAAUUGCUUCCUCGCUCGCUCUGUUGGCCUCCGUCACGGCUGUUGUUGCCGAUGAAAUCAUCAACGUCUACUUGCCCGACACUAACGAUGUUGGUCUUGCAGGCAAAGUGAUUGGAACUACUGGUGGUAGUCUCACUACUGUUGUUCUGGGCUGUGCUUCGACGUCAUCAUCUGCCAGCGCUGCUACUGUCACCUCUUCUUCCGAUGAUGACAGCAGCUGCGACAUUGAGGAUGAUACCUACACUCUCACGGUGGGCAGCUCCACCUACGGCAUGGGCUUGGCUUACCGCGGAACUACAUACUCCCAAGGCUGCACCCGCACCGGCACUACCUACUUGAGCUGCCAUACCAGCGCGAGUGAUUCGGAAGGCCCCAGCACUUCAACCGCCAUCUACACCACCUCACUCAGUGCUCUUCCCAUCACAAUCACUGGCUCCGUCUCUGCCUCCGCUACUGGCUCUUCGUCCGCCGCCGCCUCUGCCACUGGCUCCGGCUCCGGGGCGAGCAAGUCGACCGAUUCUUCUUCCGCCAAGUCUACUUCUGGCUCUAGUGCUUCCGGCUCGAGUGCUUCCGGCUCCAGCACCGCUGCUGCUAGUGCCAGUCACACCGGCAAUGGUGCCAUGCCCUUGGCCACUGGUAGCUGGGUUGCUGGAGGUGCCGCCAUGAUGCUCGCUCUGGCCAUGGCUUAGACCAAGUUCCAUUCGACGCCCGGUUGAAACCUUUCCCGCCGAUCUGUCAAUCUUACACCUGCGGAUAUAUAUAUAGAGGCUUCCUUGUGUUCGGAAGGGGUC